AUGGUUGAAUUACCCAGCAUUUGUGAUAAAUGCUUAGGUUCUAAUAAGAAUAUUGCAUUGACUAAGGCCACAUCUUCUUCUUCCAGUUGCAAGAUUUGUACUCUACCAUUUACUGUAUAUUUUUUCAAAAAAUUUAAUAGGUCCAAUGAUAUAAUAAAGACUUUAAUUUGCUUAAAUUGCUCCAAUCAAAGGAAUGUCUGUCAAUGCUGUUUAUUAGAUUUUAAUUGGAACUUACCAAUCCAACUUAGAGAUGAUAUUAUUAAUUUAAUUCAGCAAAAUGGUAACAACACAACUGCUACACAAAUCAAAACUAAAGAAUAUAAAAAUGAUAUGAUGAAAAGUUUCUUGGGUUUGAAAAAAUCUAUAAAAUUAGGUGGUGCAGUUUAUUCUUCAGAUAAAGAAUCAUUCGAACUAUUAUAUAAUAAGUUACUAUCUUUCCAAACUGAUACAAAUUCUAUCAUAAAUAAUGACGCACUUGCAACAACAAGAGAUACACUAGUAACAGCUUCUUCAUCAAAUAUUUCAGCUAUCGUUAAAUCGUUACCGUUGAAUGAUUCAUUGGAUGGAAUAAAUGAUGAUCCUAUCUCAUUCUUUUUUUGUUAUAAUGUCGACCCAUCUAUUCCAGAAUGGAAAUUACAAUCUCAUAUUGCCACACUUCUAAAUAUUUCAACUGAAUUAGUUUCAAUUUCAAUUAACCAUAGGGCCAAUUAUGCAAUUAUGAAACUCAAAUCCUUACAAGAUUCAAAGAAUUUCGUUAACAAAUUAAUUGAUUCAAAUUCAUUUAUAAUUUCAAAUUAUAACACUAAAUCCGUCAUAAAACGUGGAUAUUUACAAUUGAAUCAGUUCAAAAUUUUCCUUUUACCCAUAUUUAAAAAUUUAAACUUUAAUUUAAAUAAGCUAAAUCCACUUUCUUCUAAUUCCGCUGAUUCUAUUAAAUUAUCGAUUUUUUUGAAAAAAUUAGUUCAAAAGGAAUUACGACAUAAAAUUCAAAUUGCCACAAGUAAAAACGUCACAAAUGGAAAAACAAAUAAAAAAUCGUUUAGAAAAUAA